AUGAGGGAGCCUCUCACGCAGCAGUUCCUUGCUAGGCUCCUUAAUCUUCUUAGCCAGACCAUGGACGCUACUCGCAAUCUGCUUGGCACUUUGACCUACGGCAGUCUUGAUAGCCUGCCUAGCAUCCUCGGGAACAACCUUUGCGUAUAUAGCCCGCACGGGUUCCGAGACGUGUUUCAUUAUCAACUUAGCAGGGUCGGUAAAGAAACCCAAUAUGAACUCCUUGAACUUGUUGUACCAUUUCUUGUACGCAGGCAUGUGAACGUAAUCGCUGACGGUCCUCAAAAGAGUCUCAGUAGCCAUCUUGGAGAAACGGUCGGCGAAGGAUGUCAUCGCAGGAACCUGGGUCAACAUGUAUGCGCCGUAGCCGCCAGAUAUCUGGCGAAUGCGAGCCUCAGGGUGGAUUCCAAGGUCCACAGGAAGGUUCUCUCUAACCAGACGCUUCAACGCCUUCCUGAUACCGAAACCGAACAGCUGAGUCGUGAAAGCAAGCUUGUUGAAGAACUUCGCUUUACCAAGGUCAACAUUGAGGUAGGUCUUGUAGUACAGAGUAGUCAUGUAGAAGUACUGCGAUGCGAAGUUCUCAACAUCAUCGAUCUCAGGGUUGCGAAUAAUAUUCUUCUUCGCCAAGCUAAUGAGGAAAUGGUGGUAGUCGCCGUGGCUGCUCCUUGA